AUGGCGGAUUGGACAAGGAAAGAAGUAAGAGAAAUGGAAACUGAUACAUUGACCAAUGUAGAGUUGAAGAAACUGUCUCGGUCCCCAGGAGAUAGAGAACCGGAUGAGGAUUGUUCUAGAAAAUCUGAGCUUGCCAGUAUAAGAGCAGUCAGCGUGCACCAAUUUUAUGACAUUUUUGAGGAACUUGGUCGCGGUGCAUUUGGUGUAGUUCAUCGGUCUAUAGAGAAGGACAGUGGAAGGAAGUAUCUCGCCAGGUUUAUCAGCACUCCUUGCCCAGUUGAUAAGGCCACGGUGAAGAAUGAAAUAAGGAUAAUCAGCCAACUUCAUCACCCCAGUAUUGUUCAUCUGAAGGAGGCAUUUGAGGAAAAUCAUGAAAUGAUUUUAAUUAUGGAAUUCCUUUAUGGAGAGGACUUGUUUACCAGGAUAGGAAUGGAAGAUUAUAGAACAGAGGCCGAUGUGAUUAAAUACAUCCAACAGAUCUGUGAGGGACUCAAACACAUGCACGAGAACAACAUUGUCCAUUUGGACCUCAAGCCUGAGAAUAUAGUUUGUGAUUCCAUCAAUCCCUAUCAUCUGAAGAUGAUAGAAUUGGGCCUUGCUGCUGAACUGAAACCUGGGGAGAUUGUCAAAGUGACAACUGCUAAUGCAGGCUUUGCUGCUCCUGAGAUUGUAGACUCUGAACCUAUUGGUUUUUACACAGACAUGUGGGCUGUUGGAGUGCUCUCUUAUGCAUUGUUGAGUGGAUUCUCUCCCUUUGCUGGUGAGGACGACCUGAAGACUAGGCAGAAUGUAAGUCGUUGUGUGUGGGACUUCUCAGACCAGUGUUUUACUGAAGUAUCUUUACAAUCCAAGGACUUCAUUAGGAGACUCCUUGUGAGGAACCCCUAUGAAAGGAUGUCAGUUCAUGAGAGCUUAGACCAUGCCUGGCUGGUGGGUGAUCUUGCCACAAGGACGACACAAAUUGCUUACACUCGGUAUGAUGCAAUCAUGCCCAGGAUCCGAGAACAAUAUCUUGGCUGGCCACAACCACUGAUAGGUAUUGGAGGCAUGGCUAACUUUAGCUCUCUCCGAAGACUUCAUCCCAAAGAGUACCACAUUCAUGAUGCAGAAUUCGAUCACAAGGAGGCAGCUCCAAAAUUUCUCAUGUGUCCUAGAAAUGUAAGUGUGAAAGAAGGCAA